AUGCAGGCGGUGCUGAGCCGCGUGCACCGCAUCGUCGUCGCCUCCGAUGAGCCCACGGUUGAUUUAGAGCUCACGAAUGAUUCCAUAGACGUUUCUAGCUCGGUAGCGAUACCCCAAUCACCUUUAACUCUGCCUCAAAAGCCUCACAUGUCAUUAAUUGUUGCCAUUUCUGACAAAAUCAAAGCGGAAAUCGCACUGGCCGUUGACCGCUUGCAAUUUGCAACACUUUUAGGCGAGCGAAAGAAAGCGGUAAAUGCUCUUCAAUUGUUGGUGCAGAAAUUGGACACAUUACAGGGCAAGAAGAGCAGUGAUCAAGUUACAGUUGAAGAGCAAGAACUCAGUAACGCCGCUGUGCCUGCUGUUCUAGCGGCUUUAGUGUCUGAUCCAAGAGAUACGGAGUUGAUGGAAGCAAUGCUCGAGUUUCUUCAUAUAAUUGUGACUCGGGUGCCCGUAGCGGCUCUUUUGCUGCUUGAGAAGCCCUCUGAGAACUCUGUUGCUACUUGGGGCAUGCAGACGUGUCUUACAUUGUUGCAGGACCCAUCUUCAUGGAUCAGAGGCCCUGCUGUUGCUCUUGUAAGGGCGUUGCAAGAUGCACAGCCGAGUGCAUUCGACGAAUCGGUGCUGGAAUGCAAGGAAGGACUCAGGAGACUAUUGGAAGUUGUAGGGGACCGACGAGAACAUAUUCGAGAUGCAGCAUUGUCGGUUCUUGGACAGUUAACAGGCCGAGAUAAAAAUGCACAACAGUUUCUGGCCUUUGAAGAAGGUUUUGACAGACUGUUUCAGAUUAUGGAAGCGGAAGGAUUGAUGGAAACUGGAGCGAGUUCAGCAAGUGGCGUAUUUGCAGACUGCUUGCAGAUUAUCAACAAUAUGGUGCGAGACAAUCUCAUGACGCAGACACUUUUCCUUGAGAUGCCGUACCUGGAGUCACAUGUGCCGAGGAUAUUAAGAUUAGCGGAAGCUGAUGGAGGGGACGAAGAGGAAGAUACGGUGGCACUAGAGAGACGAAAGCGUGUGCUGAAUCUUGGACUACAGCUUGUGCGUUUUCUUGUGACGGGGCUUUAUGAUGGUGCAAAAGAAUCGUCGUUAGAUGAAAUGGCCCAGCGGGAUCGUACUCGAAAAAGUCAAGAGCUUGCGAGAAUACAAAGUCUUGUAGCCCGACAAGAAGCGCUUAUGGGCGCUGUGGGUGAGCUGGUUUGCUGUCGUAGUGAUGCACUCGCAGAUUUGCGACUCCAGGCACUUGAUCUCCUACGACUAGUGAGUGAGCACAAUGGUGGUGUUCAGAUGAUCUUGGUAAACCUCUAUGCGUCACCUUCGGGGCGUAACGUUCUCGCGGAGCUUGUGCAUCUUGACGUAAGCAUUGAGAAUGCUGAGUCUCCUGUAGCUGCCGCGGCAUCGGAUUUUUUGGAUGUGCUUUUCCACGAAAAUGAGGGCGCAUGUAUGUCUGUGCUUCAGCAUAUCCAGACACCUCCACCACCACCGCCAACUUCCUUUGGAGGAGAUAGGGGCAGUGGCUACAAAUCUUCUUCAGCCUCUUCUUCAGCCGGCCGAGUUUUACUUGAUGCGUUCAUCGUCAACACUGACUUUAUCAUACAAUACAGCGAGAUUAACGACGCUGAGACGCUGAACUCGAAGCUAAUAAUGGCUUGGAAAGCCAGUCACCGCUUGAAAAAGUUGCUGGUGGAUAGCUCGUAUUGCAAAGAACUUGCUCUCCGCGUGCCGGCAGAGUAUGACGAAUCACAGGCUCGUCCAGUUGCUGGCGGGCUUUUUCUUUCGCGGUGUAUUCGGAUGUUGCGAACUACAGUGGGUAAAGAAUUGAGUACCGCUGUUCAGUCUAUUGUUUUCCAGGCCAAAUUGUCGGUAUUAUUGCUCCUAAUCAGCUGGUGUCACGACUGUCCUAAGGCUGUUCGUGAAAUUACGGGUUCCGUGGCAAACCUGUCAGUGCUCGUGGACAUUCUUUCAGCCAAGCAAACUUCGACAGUGUCCCGAAGGGUAAUUGAGACGACGCAGUUGCGAGGCCUUAUUGCACUGCUGCUGGGGUGUUGCUUAGAAUUUUUAUGUGAAGAUGAGGAAGAGCAAGCCCUGAAAAUUGCAACAUCCGCAGUGUCAGCUGCCGCGCCUAAAGUAAAACCUGGAUUGGAAAUGACUCGGGACCAACUUCUUCAGAUGAUCAGCACACGCGUGGGCCUUGAGCGGUUUACGGAUGCCUUGGUUCAGUUUCAGCAAACUCCUGCAAUGUUAGCAUGUGCACGAGCUAGUAUGACACAAAGUUCGCGAGUCUUACUGGCCUAUCGUGCUGCAUACGAUAUUACCGACACUGACACUGCAAAUGAUGACGACGAGGCUCAUUACUUGUUUAUGCUUUACGAGCGAGCCUUCACGAUAUUUUACCGCCAAAUGGCUGAGCAGAUCCAGAAGCGUGUCAUCGCAAUUUAUAGUGGAGUUGAUGACGUAUCUACUGGGGUGGACUCUGACGCGCCGAACGGUAUGGGUCCCUAUCAGGACCUCAUCCGUAUGCAGGACAAACAGAUUUGCGAUCUGCAACGUCAAGUAGAAGUAUUGAAGCAGUGCACAAUGGAUCAAGAAAGUCAUGACAAAGAAACUCCUGCCACAAGCCCGCACGCAGACAAAGCAUUGGCAGAGCAGCUGAUUGCUCAACGCGAGCUAUUUGAGCGUGAAAAAGCAGAUAUGGAGAGCAAAAUCAAAUGUAUGACGAAGUCGGCACUCGAGACGGAGACUCGUCUGAAUGGACUCACAAUGGAUUAUGAGCAGCUUGAAGCAGAACACAAACAAAGGGAAGAGGAACUCGCAGUCUUUCGUUUAAGACCGGAGGUGCAAUCUUCUUCAGUGCAAUUGAAUAGUUUAAAAGCACAGCUUGCCACAUCACAGGCUGAUCUGGACGCGCAACGGGAGGUCAGCCGACGAUUGCAUAGUGAGAUUGCUGGCUUUAAAGAUGCAGCAGCUACUCAUGUUCUUCGUGAGAGAAGCGAAGGUGAGCUCGCAUGUGCACGACUUACAAAACAGCUUGAAGAGUAUCGUGUGGAAAGCGAACGUAAGGACGAAGAGCUAGCUGAAUGUAAGCAGAUGCUUGAGAUGCUUACUGAAGGUCUGGCACUAACCAAGAAUGACAAUGAACGGUUGAAGGCACAGCUAGCAGAGGCACUAUCCGAAUCUGGCCAAAUUGAUGAAGCCGAAUAUCAAGGUGUCGUGGAUGCGAAGGCACGUUUGGAGGACCGCGUUGAGGAGCUGGAAGCUGCGGCACGCGCCGCCUACGAGAAAGAUCAAGAGUUGCUGCGGCAACGAAUUCAAGAAGUGGAGCAAGCACGACGUGCAAGUCCUCUUGCUUUACUAAAGGAUGCGCCACUAACCAACGAGGUGCUUAGCACUGAGGCACCUAGCGACAAAAAACCCUGGGGGGUAAAUACUGUGGAUCGUCGUCUAAAUGAGCACGGAUCUACCGAACAUGGUGAACUAAAGGAAUUGCGUGCCUUUGUCGUUGAAAUGGAGGUAGUAGCGAAAGAGCACGAAGCACAAGCGAAGCAAGCUUCGUUCCUACAGGAUCUGGUGGCAGGGUACGAAAUUCAGUCACGGCGUGACAAGGAAAAGUACGAUGCAACUUUUCGUGAAGUGAAGGACGAGCUAGCGAGUGUUUUCCUCGAGAAGAAGGAUGCAAAGGCUGCAGUGAAGGAGCUUGAGAACGUGGUGGCGAGCUUAUCCCUUGCCAAGGUAGAGCUCGAGAAGAAGCUGGAAUCUUGUCAUACGAAGGAGGGCGCCAAUAAAGGGGAGAACGGCAAGCUCUUUGGUGCGAAUGGAUCAUCACGGAGACCCACCGAGUUUGAGAACAGUAAUGACUCGACCGUUGACGACCUCCUGGUGUUGGUUGCAAGUUUAGAGAUUCAGUGUUCUGUACUUCGAGAUAGUUUGAAGGAAGCUCAAGGAGAGGAUGCUGUUGCGGUGGCAAUAGAAUUGUCUAGACAGCGCGGAGCUAUCGUUUCGGUUUAA